UUGUCGGUAUCGCGCGUAAGUUCACAGAGUACCCCGUGUGCCAACUGAUAUCCGUCAUCGAAGUCACCCAUGGAGUGCGAGAUGAAGUGCAUCGAGAUGUGCGCCGAGUCCGAAGUGCGGACGUUAUUCGUAAGCGGACUGCCAAUGGACGCUAAGCCUCGGGAAUUGUAUUUAUUAUUUAGAGCUUAUGAGGGUUACGAGGGAUCAUUACUUAAAGUAACAAGUAAAAAUGGUAAAACAGCAUCGCAGGGCGUAAGGUUUGACCCCGACAUGCCUCAGACGAUCCGACUGGAGUUUGCUAAAAGUAACACCAAGGUUAGCAAGCCCAAACAGCAAGCUGCUAACGCCGCCAACACGCACCCAACUUUGAUGCACCCCCUCACCGGACAUCUGGGAACCCCGUUCUUUCCGGGUGGCCCGGAACUGUGGCAUCAUCCGUUGGCGUAUUCAGCGGCGGCCGAGCUGCCCGGAGCGGCGCUCCAGCACGCCACCAUCGUCCACCCGGCGCUGCACCCGCAGGUCCCCCCCCCGAUGUCGAUGCCGCACCCAACUGCUCUAACAUCAGUGCAUGCCGCGUCAUUGCCACACUUUCUACCAAGUCCUGCCUUGGCUUCUCCCGUGGGAUCGUCCUCCUCACAACCUGGAAUGGGAGUAAGCAACCCGCCUUGUUCCACGCUCUUCGUGGCCAACCUGGGGCAGUUCGUGUCCGAGCACGAGCUCAAGGAGAUAUUCGCCAGCUUCCCCGGCUUCUGCCGCCUGCGCAUGCACAACAAGGGUGGAUCCCCGGUCGCCUUCAUGGAAUACCAGGAUGUGCGCUACGCCGCACAAGUUAUGGGUGCGCUGCAGGGCUCCUUCCUACUCUCCUCAGAUCGCGGCCCCAUCCGUAUCGAAUACGCCAAAAGCAAAAUGGCUGCAGAGGUCGGUUUACUUUGCCUUUGCCUUAGAAUGUGUCAUUCAUUUUUUUUUUCAUAUUUCGUUCUGUCUUCUCUUGUUGUGUGUUUAUAUUCUUCUUCUAGCACUUUUACUAACGAUUACAAAUAG